GUGCGGGAAUUCGAGAGGCCGAGGCGGCGGGGACUUGGACCCGGUUGAGAGUCGGAGGGAGGGAAGAGGCGAAGGGAGGGGGAAGCAGGGGAGGGGCAAGUGACGCGGGGGAGCGGGGCGUGGGGGAGGGCAGUGAUCCGGGUGGAGGAAAUUUGGGAGGAGUGUCCGGGGGGCAGCAACUUAAAAGGGGGAGGGAACUGUGGCUAAGGAGACGUUCGGUGAUGGGAGCGCGAUGUGUGCCUUAGGUUUAAAAGAGCAGGAAGCUGAGUGAGAGGUUGGGGAAAAAGUGUCUUCGCUAGGCGGAGGUUACAGGUGGUGUCUCGGAAAGCUCCGAGGCUGCAGGCAGUAGUGGAGAAGAGGAUCAGAGAACUGUGUGGAAGGGACAGCUUAAGGGCUAGCGUCCUGGGGCGAGGGGGAAGUUCGAGACUUUCUGAGGACUGGUAGGAAUGUGCCUCCUGGCCCUCGGUGCUUCCCCCCUGGGGGGAGGCAUCGCGAGGUACGGUGGCAGGCUCCUCUGAACGCUGAGCGCCGGAGGUCCAACUCCACGUAUGGAUCCAGGGAAUGAGAAUUCAGCCACAGAGGCUGCCGCGAUCGUAGACCUCGAUCCCGACUUCGAACCCCAGAGCCGUCCCCGCUCCUGCACCUGGCCCCUUCCCCGACCAGAGCUCGCUCCCGAGCCAUCCGAGUCGCCCGAGGUGGAGUCAGGUCUGGGAGAGAAGGUACACACGGAGGGGCGCUCGGAGGGGCGCUCCGAGCCGACCCUGUUGCCCUCCCGGCUCCCAGACCCGGCAGGGGGCCCCCAGCCCGGGAUCCUGGGGGCUGUAACAGGUCCUCGGAAGGGAGGCUCCCGCCGGAAUGCCUGGGGAAAUCAGUCAUAUGCAGAACUCAUCAGCCAGGCCAUUGAAAGCGCCCCCGAGAAGCGACUGACACUCGCCCAGAUCUAUGAGUGGAUGGUCCGCACUGUGCCCUACUUCAAGGACAAGGGUGACAGCAACAGCUCCGCAGGAUGGAAGAACUCGAUCCGCCACAACCUGUCGCUGCACAGCAAGUUCAUCAAGGUUCACAACGAGGCGACCGGCAAGAGUUCGUGGUGGAUGCUGAACCCCGAGGGAGGCAAGAGCGGCAAGGCGCCCCGCCGCCGGGCAGCCUCCAUGGAUAGCAGCAGCAAGCUGCUCCGAGGCCGCAGCAAGGCCCCCAAGAAGAAACCCGCUGUGCUGCCAGCUCCACCGGAAAGCGCCACUCCGAGGAGCCCCACUGGCCACUUCGCCAAGUGGUCGGGCAGCCCCGGCUCUCGCAACCGGGAGGAAGCUGAUGUGUGGAGCACCUUCCGUCCGCGGAGCAGUUCCAAUGCCAGCACUGUCAGCACUCGGCCCUCCCCCAGGAGACCAGAGCCUGAGGUGCUGGCAGAAGCCCUGAAAGAAGAUCUCGAGCUGUUAGAUGGGCUCAAUCUCACAUCUCCCCAUUCCCUGCUAUCUCGGAGCAGCCUCUCCGGCUUCUCUUUGCAGCACCCUGGGGUUUCAGGCCCGUUACACACUUACAGCACCUCCCUCUUCAGCCCAGCAGAGGGGUCCCUGUCAGCAGGAGAAGGGUGCUUCUCAAGCUCCCAGUCUCUCGAGGCCCUGCUCACCUCUGAUACGCCACCACCCCCUGCUGACGUCCUCAUGACCCAGGUAGAUCCCAUUCUGUCCCAGGCUCCGACACUUCUGUUGCUGGGGGGGAUGCCUUCCUCCAGUAAGCUAGCCCCGGGGGUCGGCUUAUGCCCUAAGCCCCCAGAGGCUCCAGGCCCCAGCAGUCUGGUUCCGAGCCUCUCGAUGAUAGCACCGCCUCCAGUCAUGGCCAGUGCUCCAGUCCCCAAGCCCCUGGGGGCUCCUGUGCUCACCCCUCCAACUGAAGCUGUAAGCCAAGACCGAAUGCCUCAGGAUCUCGAUCUUGAUAUGUAUAUGGAGAACCUGGAGUGUGACAUGGAUAACAUCAUCAGUGACCUCAUGGACGGGGACGAAGGACUGGACUUCAACUUUGAGCCAGAUCCCUAAGCCAUGGCCAGAAGCUUUGUUCCCUGCAUCAGAGGUGGAGCCAGGCGUGCCCAUAUUCACUCUUUACCCUUGACCCCUCCCCGGGAAUUUGGGACCCUGCUUUAGGGCUAGGGUAGGGUCUGCUCACAGGGGUGUUGAGGAAAUCAUAAAGCUGCCCCAUAUGGGAACUCUAGGGGGGGAGGGGGAGAGGGAGAGGGUUUAUUCUCACUGUGCCAAUUAGGGGGUAAGGCCCCCCUCUCAGGAGCCAGCCCCGGCUCCCCCCCAUCCCCAACCUCUAGGUCUUGCAGCAGGGGCAGGCAAUGCUGUUGGAAAUGCGAAGUUACCAGUGGCCUUACCCCUGCCUUUGGGAGCAGGAUUUUUUGUAGAGUCUUACCUGAGCUGGUCCAGGCUGAGUCCAGCCUGGGAUUUUUAUGCCGUGGCCCCUUCGGCCAGCGGUGUGGGGUUGGGAGGGGGUUAGUGGGGACUUAGAAGGGCCAAGGUCUGAGCACUGGAGUAGCUCACCAGGCCAAAUCCCCCUUGGAAAGCUGCAGAUAACAGAAAGGCUUUUUAUAAACUUUUAAAGAAAUAUAAACACAAAUCUAGAGAUUUUUAACAGUGGCAAGGUGCUAGUGAUGGGGAGAAUGCUUUUUUUCUUUCUGAAGGCUUUGUCAUAGUGACAUGAUGUAAACACUACAGACAUUACUACGGGAAACAGAGGGGAAGUGACAGAGAACUCCAGGCCAGCAGGGUGCAGGGAGCAAGUGUGGACCGGAUCUAGAACAAGGUCUGUGCAGCACUAGCUUGGCGGUACCCUGAGGAAAAGCUAAGCCAGGGCCUCUCAUUCUGUCACCUUGUGCCUGGGAGUGUGUGGCAUUGGGGUGCAGCCACCCUCUCACGUGACCCCCUGUGGCUUAGUGCUCCAGUGGGAGAGUGCGUUGAAGGCCUGGAAUUAGUUUGCGGCCUGGGAAGGGGGUGGGAGGAGGGAGAAGAGGAGGGAAGGAUUUAGGGUGGUAAAGUUAGGCACAGAGACCUCCCUGUUCAAGGCCCCAGACAGCUGUCCCUGCCCUUCUUCCCCUUGCCUGACUGCAGGGGUUAUGUGGAAGUGUGUGUGGUAGCAGGCAGGGGGAGGGGCGGAACAGGGAAGGGGGAGCUGGGGAGCUUGGCUGAGGGUCUGGGAAAUGAGCAGGGAUGGAGGGGAAUGUGGAUCAGGUUUACUAGCACCUGCUAGGGAGGCCAUCUGGGGCUCCUUCUCCACCCCAACCCCCAAAGCAGCCCCUCCCCCAGUCCCCUUUGCCUUGUCUCCUCCCCCUGCCCCUGCUGUGGGUUCCCAUCACUUCCUGUGUCAGCGCCUGGCCUACCCAGAUUGUAUCAUGUGCUAGAUUGGAGUGGGGAAGUGUGUCAAAUCAAUAAAUGAAUAAAUUCAAUAAAUAAAUGCCUAUAACCAGC